UCCGGUCAAGACAAGAAUGGCCGAAUCCCAUUCAUUGGAGUAUACUCCGACGUGGGUAGUCGCGGUUGUCUGUGCAGUCAUCAUUCUCAUCUCUCUCAGCGCUGAGCGCUUACUUCACCGCCUCGGAAAGUUUCUAAAGCACAAAGGACAGCAUGCGCUAUUUGAGGCCUUGGAAAAGCUAAAAGAAGAGUUGAUGCUUCUAGGGUUUAUUUCCCUUCUAUUGACUGUCUUUGAAGGUCUGAUCAGCAACAUUUGUAUCUCAACGGAUCUUGCAUCUCAUAUGAAUCCAUGCAAGAGGGAGGAAGUCUCUUCUUCUGAGCAGGAGAUCCACAACUACAAAGCUUUUUCUCUUGGAAUUGCGCGGAAGGGGAGGCAGCUUUUGGCUGAGGAUACCAACUCCAACCAUUGCGCAAGAAUGGGAAAAGUUCCAUUUUUAUCACUUGAAGGACUCCAUCAACUUCACAUUUUCAUUUUUGUAUUGGCAGUUGUCCAUGUAACGUUUUGUGCCACCACAAUGGUUUUAGGAGGGUUAAAGAUACAACAAUGGAAGCCGUGGGAGGAAACUUGUAAAAGCCAGAAGCAAAAGACUGGUGAGACCAAGGAAGUCCGUGAUAAAACAGUGAGUGCUUAUAACCUUCAUCGCCUGUUUGUCAUAAAGCGCGCAGGGGGAUAUUGGAGAAAGUCGAUUGUUAUAAGCUGGAUUAUGUCAUUUUUCAAACAGUUCUAUGCCUCUGUAACUAAAACAGAUUACAUUGCAAUGAGGUCGGGAUUUAUAAAGGAGCACUGCCCUUCACACCCCGGUUUUAAUUUUCACGAGUACAUGAUGCGGACCCUUGAAGUUGAUUUCAAGAUAGUUGUUACAAUAAGCUGGUACCUGUGGCUCUUUGUGGUGAUCUUCCUGCUUUUGAAUGAGCAUGGAUGGCACACAUUCUUCUGGUUAUCUUUUUCGCCUUUGAUUCUUCUACUCCUUGUUGGAGCUAAACUAGAACAUAUCAUUACUCGUUUGGCUGAAGAUGUAGAACAAAGGAACAAAAAUGAUCCUACAGCACCACCAGUGAAGCCCUCAGACGAGCAUUUCUGGUUUGGUCGUCCUCAAAUUGUUCUUUAUUUGAUUCACUUCAUCUUGUUUGAGAAUGCAUUUGAGAUUGCAUUUUUCGCCUGGAUUUGGUGUACCUUUGGAUUCAAAUCCUGCAUGGUGGAAAAAUUGGGCUACGUCAUUCCUAGAAUCAUUAUAGGGGUGGCUGUUCAAGUUCUAUGCAGCUACAGCACUCUACCUUUGUUUGCAAUUGUUACCCAGAUGGGUAGCGCAUUUAAGAAGGGCAUAUUUUCCCACUUGGAAGAUGACAUUGUUGGUUGGGCUGCUACACGGAGAAUGACACGGAGGACGAGUACCGUGAAAAGUGGCGGAAAUACAACGGAUGAACGAGAACCAUCGAGGACGAGUACUAUGAAGCAUGGCAGAAAUACAAUGAGUGAACCAUCAUCCAAUUCAAUUAAGAUGCUACCUUUGAGCAAUGAAGCUUUUAUAAAAAGUCACAAUGUUGAGCAACUAGAGAUUGAACUUGAAGAAGUUAUGACAUGUACAAUGCAGCAUUCACAUGCCUGAAAAAUUCUAAAUUCAUCUGCUUGUGUUUCUUUUCUUACAAAUUCAUUGAU